GUUGAAACGCCUUUGCUGCAGACGCAGAAACUUUUGUAAACAGAGCUGUGUAUUGAUGGUAGAUAAUGACACGGAAUAACACGUCGAUCGUUCCCGAUAUGUAGAUAAGUUAUUGAUUGACAUUUCAUUUUGGAAGGAAGGAGAGCGUACAUAUGAACUGAAAAUGGUGAUUGUUUUCAAUCAUGUCCUAGUUUCAAGUUUCCUGUUCUAUCGGAACCCCCGCCGAUUUUUGAUAGACGCGGGUUGCAAGACGAACGGUGAUGCUGGAAGCGGUAAAUCUAAACUGCUAGAAAAGGAUUGUGAUACAAAACUAGAGGAGGAGAGUGAUUUUAGAUCGCUGCAUGAACAUGUGCAGAAUGCCCUCAACUAUAUUGCUUCAAAACCGGUGAGGUCUUUGGUGUAUUUGUUAGACAAAGACUCAAGUGAAUUGUUUGCAGACAGAGAAAACACAAAGAAAUUGCCCAAAAAUGGAAUUUGUUGGGAAGCAUGGUCGAUGCGGAAGGCAAGAGCAUGUCAUAACCUUGACCCUGGUGACCCCGUGGUCUCGGAACUCUCCUCCCAACAGGACAACACAGCGUGGAAACCCAAAAGUGUAUUGUGCUUUCCAGUAGACGAUGACCAAUCUGGAAAAUGUAUCGCUCUCAUUGUGGUUGGCAGUAACUUUGGGGAGGAGAUUGAUGCACAUAGUUUGAAGCCACUAGCUGAACAGAUUGUAGCCUGCUACAGGAACAUGUGCAAGUGUGAUGAGUCAACGGGGGAACAGUACCGCGAGACCUACGCCCCGACACCCUCCACAACGACAUCCGACAAGGACGCCAUCGUCAAACUAUGCGGAGAGCUGUAUGAUCAGGAUGCUGCUGACCUACAGUGCAAGAUAAUCAAAUAUUUAGAAGAGCACACCAAUGCAGAGUUUGGCUUCAUGUUGUUAGUGGUGCCAGAAACUCAAGAACUAUAUUGUCAGGUGAUUGGAGACAAAGUUCUGGAUCCAGAAAUUCGGUUUCCUGGUGAGACCAGUACAUUCUCCACUGUUUUGGAAACCAAAGAUCCACUACGGCUGGAGAACAUAAGUGAAGAAAAAAAGAAGGAGAUGGAGGACCUAUUGGGAAGGAGUCUUCAGUCCUUGGUGUGUGUCCCUGUUUCCAGUCGGAACUAUGAUGGACUUGUUGCCAUAGCAUGUGUUGCCAACAAGUUUGGCAGAGACAGUUUUACCAGUGAUGAUGUUGAGACGAUACAGACCUGUUUUAAAUAUACUGCCGCCAUCUUAACUAAUACUUUAGCAUUCCAAAAUGAACGAAAACUCAAAAAACAAACGCAGGCCAUGUUGGAAGUAGCCAAGAACCUUUUUACCCACCUAGAUGACUUAACGAAACUUCUACGAGAAAUUAUGCAAGAAGCCAGGAAUCUAACACAAGCAGAGAGGUGCUCUGUAUUCUUGAUAGAUGAAGAGACAGAGGAGCUAGUUGCCAAAGUGUUUGAUGGAAUCACCACGAAUGACAAGGAGGUUCAGUCAGAGAUCCGAAUGCCAAUUAUUCAGGGAAUAGCAGGCCAUGUAGCUACAACAGGAAAGCUUCUAAAUAUUAAAGAUGCCUACUCACAUCCAAUGUUUUAUAGAGGGAUUGACGAUUCCACAGGGUUCAGAACAAGAAACAUACUUUGCUUCCCUAUCAAGAAUGAAGCUGGUAAUGUGUUAGGAGUGGCCCAGCUAUGUAACAAGAAGACUGGGCCUUUCUUCACAGUGUUUGAUGAGGAUGUUGCAUCCGCAUUUGCCGUCUACUGCUGCAUCAGCAUCAGCCAUUGUCUUAUGUACAAGAAGUUACAAGACUCCCAGCACAGAAAUAGGCUUGCAAAUGAACUUAUGAAUUAUCAUAUGCAGGUGGCACAAGAAGAAGUCGACGAAUUGGCUCACAAUGAUAUACAUCCGCCCUCUUUCUGGCAUGAAGACUUUGAUAAGUUCUCAUUUCCUCCAAGAAUGAUACCAGAAGAUGAUACUGAAAAGGCUUGUUUAACUAUGUUUGAAGAUUUGGGAUUUAUAUCAAAACACAGAAUCAAGAGAGACACACUCGCCAGGUUUGUGCUGAUGGUGCGGCGUGGAUACAGAAAUCCACCAUAUCACAACUGGAUGCAUGCGUUUGCUGUUACACAUUUCUGUUACGUUUGUAUGAAGAACCUGAAACUUACACAAUAUUUAGAAGACAUAGAAAUGUUUUCACUGUUUACAUCGUGUAUGUGCCAUGAUAUUGACCACCGAGGAACUAAUAAUUCAUAUCAGUCAGUAUCGAAAUCUGUUCUUGCUGCCUUGUACAGCUCAGAGGGAUCUGUCCUGGAGAGGCAUCACUUUGCUCAAUCCAUGUGUAUAGUCAACACAGACGGAUGCAACAUCUUUGAGAACUUGUCUAGCAAGGAUUAUCAACAAGCUUUAGAUCUUAUGAGGGACAUCAUAUUAGCCACUGAUCUAGCACACCACUUACGAAUAUUGAAGAACAUCGAAUCCAUGGCAAAGUCUGGCUAUGACAAAAGCAACAUGAAACACCACAAACUGCUGCUGUGUCUCCUGAUGACUGCAUCUGAUUUGUCAGACCAGACCAAGCCAUGGGAUGCCACCAAACAUAUAGCUGCACUGAUCUACAAGGAGUUUUUCUCCCAAGGAGAUAUGGAGAAGUCAAUGGGGCGGGAGCCUAUAGAGAUGAUGGACCGGGAAAGAGCUCGUAUACCAGAUUUACAAAUAGGCUUCCUAGACCAUAUUGCCCUACCAGUUUAUAAGGUGCUUUCUGAACUCUUUCCUGAGGCGAACUGUGUUAGAGUAGCUGUGGACGACAACCGUCGACACUGGGACAAAAUUUGUGCUCUCAUUAAAAUACGACGCGGUGGCAGCUGUGAACAGAUGAGCUAUGACCAGAUAUUAGCACUGGAAGCUGAGGACCACUCACCACAAGCCAACCAAUCCAACCACAUCCAGUAGGAUAGACAACCUCAUACAACUACAUGUUAUUUUCAAAAUAAAUUGUGUAAACCCAUUGGUCCAUUUAGUGAACAGUCAAUUCAUCACAGAUUACUGUUAUCACAUGUGUACGACUUGCAUUUAUUUACAAAGGCAUUAAGCAUUGAAAAGAUAUAGAAAAGGUCUGGCUAAACUUCAGUUUGGUUAUUGAUGUAAAGGAAGAAAUCCAGAUACCUAGGGAGUAGGGACAUGGUUUUGGAUGAGUAAUGCAAAAAUAUUAUGGUAUUAUUUUUUUACCUCACACAUCAGUAUAGGACUAUUUUCUAAAUGAAAAAAAAAAGGUAAAAAAACAGAAGUUCUUACCACAAGGGAUUAACUUUCCAAGGAGAAGUCCUAACGACACAGUAUUAACCUCUCAAGGAGGACACAUGUCCUUAAAGUACUAAUCUUUCAAAAGCAUAAUAAUUCUAUAGACACAAAACUUAACCUUGGACUUCUUUGAAAGCACAAAAAUAUCCAUUGAAGAUGGACAGACAUGUAUAUUUACGCUCCUUAAGAUUUAGUAAUCAUAUACACAAAAGAUGAUAUAACAACAGAAUUAAAGUACACGCUCAGUAUUGAUCUAAUUGUCUGGUGUUGUUAGUGAAUGCUUAACUUGUUAGCAUAAUGAAAAUUACCUUAGUGUUAAUGUUUUCUCCAGAAUGACCAAUGAAUUUUUUUAUUUAUUUUUCCGCCAAGAAAUUAUCUUGCGUUCUCCGUGAUGAAUAUGCACUUUCCUUUACAAUAUGGAAAAGAGCAAAACAUGAAGUGUAAAAAUCUUGAUGAACUAUGAUUUUAAUAUGUUUAUGUACUCAUCGUUAAUACAGAACUUGCAAUGUAAUUGCUCAAACAUAUUCAUAUAACAUCUAUCAUCUUUACCUGAAUAGUAAACUUUCUCAAUAUUUUUUACUGAGUUUCAAGCAAUCAUAGGCAUGUUGACAUAUUUGAUUGUUCAUCAGAUGGCUUCUUCUGCUGUAAAAGUGUCCAGCUCUUAAUUCAUAAGAGGAGGGUUUAUUCUUCGUAUACAUGUAUGCUACACUUUUUCAUUCUACAUUUACUUUGUAGUAUGUUCAAGUAAUGUGUUAUCUCCUCUACAGUUUCCUAAAAAAAUUGUAUUUUAAUAUUUAGGUUUAGAUACCCAUUCAGUAGAUAGUGAUAUUUCGAUUGAAAGAGUGAAUUUCACAAUUUAGAUUAACAUUGUAUGUCAAAAUUUUGCAUUAAAAUCCUGUUUAAUUCGGAGAUUUUAGUUCAUUACUAUAAUGUUAACUUCAUUUCUAUUUAAUUUUUUCUUUUAUAACAUCAACCUCUGAUAAAACAGUUCGAAGAACAUCGAUAGAUAAGCUCAUGAUAUGCAAUAUUUCAGCAUCACAUUUCAAUAGGAAAAGAAUUAUCACAUUGCCAUAUGCAUUGUUUGUGGCAGUCUAAUUAUUCCAUCACAAUUCACUUAAAGUCACUUAAUGCACUGAUAAGUAAAAUUGUGACAAGUUUUGACAGAUUCAAUAGUAAAAACGUAGUUAAAACCAUCAGAUCUAUACAUGUUAUGUUUCUCAUUUCACAAAUGUAUAUUAUUUCUAUACAUGUGUUUAUGAAGUUUGGAUUUAUUGCAUACAACAGAAACUUUUCAAUUUGUUACUUGUUGUAAAAUCUAUUACAAUGUUUCUUACAAAUAGUGGGGAGAGGAGGGGUAACUUGCCAUGGGCUAUCUAUAUGGAUUAAAUUGGUCGUUUCUGGGUAAUUUGUAUAUUUCCUGAUAAAAUGCUCACAUGAUUUUAACAAUUUUAUGUCCGUGAAUGAUGUAUUCUAUAAUACCUAUGAAAAUUACCUCCCUUAAACUGAUUUCUGUUUGAAUUUGUUUGUUAACUGUUGAUGCUUAGAUGUUUAUAAAUGUUUCUUUACAAAAUGACAAAAUUCAAGUCCAUAUAUAACGUAUGCUAUAAAUUUGCAACCAUGAUGUAUUUUUAUUUACUGCAUUCUUAUUUUGUUAAUGAGUUAACAUACAUAAAUAUAUAUUAUGUUGCUUUUGUUAGUUAUAUUCAUUACAAAUGCUGUACAUCUGUAUAAGAAUCUGAAGAUUUAUGGUAAUUAUAAAUGAUAAAAUGCAUGCUGAAGUAGAAAUAAUUCAUUGAGUUUACUGAUAGUUAUUUAUUUUCCUCCAUAAAUCUACUGGUUACUUCCGUUUUUUAUUAAUUGGUAGGAUUUCUUGUUUUUCAUAUCGUUAAUGAUAUUUGCAUUAUAAUUACUUUAUUGUUUACCGCUUACUUUUACUAUGCAACAUAUGCCUCUACUUUUUUUUUCAAUCUUACAUGUAGUAACCAUUUUAUCUUGUGUUUUAGUUAUAUCGGAGAUUAUUAAAUGUUAACUUCUUCCUUGUUACUGAAGUUCCACUCUAAGGGUAUGCAUAUGUAUGAGUUACUUCCCUUAAAAACUAUAGCCAUUUGUAUCAGUUUGAUCUGUGUGUUUCUAAUUAAUAGUCCAAACAUGUAACCAAUGUAAGGCCAAGUGUACUCAGUACCAAUGUUUUUGAGAAAUAGGUGGGAAUAAAUCAGUAGGCUCCUUCAUGCUGAGUAUCAAUACCAAAACGGUAUGAUGCUGGUUUCCAAUUGGACAUUCAAACUUCAGAAGUACAUUCAUAGAUCUCCUUUGAACCAUCUAAUACUGUAAGUGUACUUAAUUUGACACAUUCAAAGUUUAGCGCAAAACCAAUUAAAACAGAUUAGCGGAAUGAUGAAUUACACACCAACAGUUAUUGCCAUAAAAACUGAUGUAGAUAAACUACAAUUAGCGCAGUCAUGAUUAACAGAUGCUUCCAGCGUGAAAAAAAUGCUUAAAUAAGAUUACCGCUAAAAUAUGUAUGUUUACAGUACCUUAAAACGAUGUAUUUUUCAUUAGUCAUGUUUACUUACAAUGAUAAUUUCUAUCAUAAAUUAUGGAUAAUUUCCUAUCAUAAAUUAUUAAAAAUGGAGAGUUUUGGUUCCAAAUAGGGAGUUUGCAAUCCAUAGAAGGGAGGGUUAAAUUGACAGGUAUGUGACCAAGGUUGGAAACCUAUGAAACUAGUGAUGCUUCAGCUAUAUUGUAAAAGGAACUACAGUGUACUGUAUUACAACAACCUGAUAUGUGUCACUCAUGCUUUAUAGACAAGACAGAUCUAUGUUGUAAUAGGAACCAUUCUUGUAGACACACUCCAAAUGUUGUGUAUGCUUUGUAGAGAAGAUAGAUUUUACAUUUGUAUUGUGUAGUAAUACAAGAGCUUUAUAUAGUUAUGUUGUAGUGAAAUACAGUCAUGUAAUGCCAUAUCUAAUACUGCUUAUUGCUACAGCUAAAUACAGAUUUUUAAUAAUAUUUCAUUUUUUUUUUUUAAUUGUGUGUAUGUGUGAAAAGAUGAAGAAUAUAUUUCAUCCAUAAAAGAUCAGAUUGUCCAAACAUGACACUGCAUUGUAUCAGUUUGCAAUAAUUGUCCACAACUCCUGUCCAAUUAUAUAUUCCAUAAAAGAAGUUAUAAAUUAGUAUAAUAUUUAGCAUGUAGAGGUCUCCAAUACACGUGAAUGUAAUAUCUGAGAAUGUUACAUCAUUUCCAGGAAUCUUAUGCUAGUACUGGCCUGGGAAUGUUAUGUCAUUAAUGGAAUAUUGUGAUAUACAUCGUUUUGUAAUAAAAAGGAAUACAAGUGAAAAAAAUAUCCUGAUUAUAUAUCCUGGGACUCUUCUCUUUCUCUCAGAGAUUACCCCUAACCUUUACUCUCAUCUUUAGAUUUAUAAUUUAUUAUUGAAUGUAGUUAUAACUUACAAUACAUGUAUAUUAAUCGAAGUUCAACCCAACAAAACCAUACCAGGUGAUUCAAUAUGUAUAAAAUGUGUGAUCAAAAGUUUGUGAUAUUAUAACUGUGUGAUAGCUUCUAUUAUUUCAUUGAUUUUUUAAAAUUUUAUUUAACUUGUAGUUUGUGAAGUCUAGCUUGAUACCAUUGUCCGAUACCCAUGGUUGAUUACACUAGCUAUGCUACGCUACACUUAUCACCCGUGGAUCAACUUAGUGAAAAAUCAUUGUUUCAACAGAGGCUGUUUGAUUGGCCUCAUCACAUUUUCCUAUCAAAAUUUCAGCCAAACAUAUUCAAGGUAACAUAUUCUUUACAGAAGUGCAUAUCAAAAACAGUAGCAGCGAGUGGUCUCAGAAAUUUAAUAUCAACAGAUUUAAACCAUUUCUACAGUAUGCUAAUCGUAGUGUAGCAUAGUGCAAUCAACAUGUGGGUAUCCGACAAUGGCUUGAUACUUAAAUUCAAAGAUUUUAUUUCACAAAGUAGUACUUGUGUUCUGUGUAUAUAGUUAGCCUCUCAGUUACUAUUUUCCAAUCAAAUGUGUUGAUUGAUUUUAAGACUCUAUUGUGUAAUAUAGUCGUAUGUGAUAUGCAGAUUUUCCAAAAACCUCAUUAUAUACAUUUCUUCGCUUCAUUUGUUUCUGUUUGCAAUUAUUACAUCAGAUUUUUCAUAAGCAGUGUUGCUAGAGAUGUAUAUAUAAGUUUUCCUCUGAUAUAAUUUCCUCUUAAAAGUUUAUAUCACUUUUGUGAUAUUAGAAAAUGAACACUCGGUGGUGAGGAGGGAGGUGCUAUCUUCAGAAAUUCUUCUUUUGAAAACGCAUCAAUAUUUUAUCUGUACGUGACUUUUUAUAUUUUUGUUUAUUAUUGCUAUAUUUCCUCUAUAGGUGUUAGGCUUCUUAUCAAACUUCAUGGUAACACUGGAGUAUGUUGUGGUUAGAUACCUUUAUCUAAUAUCAAGUAGGGGAUAAUUAGCAGCUAAAAAAUCCUGCCUGAGUAUAGAGGCUGUUCAGGAAAGGAAGUACAAAUUGUCACUAGGAACCGAUUGUUAUAUGACAGGGAAAAACCUUCUUGAAUAUUUUACCUUUUCAAAUUUCUUUUGUUGUUUUGACUUUUUUCAUUUCAAAUAACAUAGUCUAGAUAAAUAGAUAAGUAUGUAUGCAUGCAUUUUAAAUAAUAUUUUAAGUACUUCAGUAACUUUACAUUCUUGAAAAUAAAUUUUAAUAACCAUUUUAGCAUGUGAAUAUUUAUGGCACAAACUGAGCAUGUUCAGUUGGAAGAUGGAUCUAUAUGUAUUUCUGUAGAGAUUAUAUGAUUAUCUGAAAGGUCAUUUGACUGUUUUGCUCAAAGUGUUAUAGAUUUAGAGAUUCAUAUAAUGUGAUUCAGUCAAAGUUACAUUUAAUGUUUGGUAAGGCAUAUUAGAAUAUUAACAACAUUAACUUUGGUGUAUUCUAAUUCAAUAAAGGACAUUUUUUCAAAUUAUUUACUAACCUUUUGAUCUUCAAAUUAGGUUUGCUUUCACAUUUAGAUACAAAUUGGCCAGUAUACAGUAUUGUAUUCAAGGUGAGGUUAUCAACAAACAGCCAUUCAGGGAUAGUAUUGUCAUCUAUAAAUGUAUACUUACAGUAGUGAUUGAAGACUUAAUUUGUUAUUGAUAAUUAAUUAUCCACUACUAAGUAUGAUUUUACAAUUCUUUUUUAAAACUAUUAUCAUCAUAUAAUCACAGUUUAUCAGUAAGAAAACAUUUUGUAUUUUUUCCUUCAUGGAAAAAACCGAGUAACUCAUCUACAUUUUAUGAUAUUUGACCUUAUUGUAAGAUGAUGGAAAAUUUCUAGGUUAUAUUAAUUAGCUUUAAUUAAUUUUUAUCCUGCUGUGUUUCAGUUGUUACUUAAAUAAAAGAUAUUAUAUUGA